UGAGCAGCAGGAUGGACCUGAGCUCCUGGACCCCAGAACGGGGGUUCGGCGAGAAGGUGGCAAAGGAGGCCGCCGUCACCACCGGCCCUUCGCUGGAGUUAUGCACCUUCCCCUCCACCCUGGGCUCCUCAAUCGCGGCCGCCGCGCUGGAGCAGCUCUUUGUUGUGGAGCAAUCACUGCAAAGUGACUACUUUAAAUGCAAUGAAGAAGUUAGGAUCUUUCUUGAGAACAUUGCUGUAGCUGUUAAAAAAUUGGAGGAAAUGAGAAAAGAUACAAUUGAUCUUCUGGAAAUUGAAAGCAUGGACUUCAGCAGACUAUACUACCUAUUGCAAACUCUUCCCACUAGCAUUAACAAUGAAUUUGAAGAAUGUAUCAGAGAUGCUCGCAAAUUAAAUCUUCUUGAGAUAAAUGAAAUUCAAAUGAGAAUUACAAGGAUGAAUAAUGAAAUGGAGUUUCUGAAGAAUGAAAUAAUUGGUCUGAAAGAAAUUAAUGAAGCUCUAGGUAUGAAGCAGGAAGAGCUAUCCUGGCAGCACAAGAAGUUUGUCCUGUCACUCAACCAAACGAUGGAGGAAAAAGCCACUUCCACUGUUUAUAUAAAUGAGACUUUUACCCAAAUAUACUUGGAAAGAGAGGACGUAGAAUUGCAAAAGGCAUGUAUUCGAGAGACAGAAGAGCUAAUAGAAAAACAAAAAGCAGAAUAUCUGCUAAGAAAACAACAGUUGACUACAGAGAUUGAGGAAUGUAAAAGAAAGUGUGAACUUAAAAGAAAGGAGAUUUUACAAAGAAAGAAAGAAUUGGAUAAAACAGUAGCUAAAAUAUCAAAAAUGAAAGAAACAAUUACUACCAGCACAGUGAUUAUUAGUGAUCACAAUCUAGAGAUAGCACGACUACACGAAGGAAUAAGGAUUUGGGAAUCUCAGGUUGAUGAGCUAAGGAAAGCCUGCAAGAUCCUGGAGGAUAAAGUGUUAUUUUUUACAACCAAUAAGGAAAAACUAGAUGAUAUAUCUAAUAAUGAAAAAAAUGAAUUCCUGAACAAGAUAAAGCAGGUGGCUGAAAACCUAUUCAAAGUUCAACAAGAAAACAAAGAUCUACAACAGAAAAUGAAUAUUCUUGUCAGGCAAUAUAAGAUUGUCUUAAAUGAGGAGGAUAAAGUCUUUUCACAGAAACAGAAGGUCCAAAAUGAAAAUCAGAAACAACUGCAAUUUAUUUCUGAAAAAGAAAACUUCCUGUCACAAAGAAGAGUAGACAUCAAAAAUAUGGAAGAUGGAUUUAGCACACUGGAGGAUCUUUAUCGAGCAACAAAGGAAAUAUUUCGGAAACAGAUAAAAAUCCUGGGUAAUAACCUGGAAAAAGAAACUCAGAGAUGUGUUAUAAAUCAGUGGAGAUUAGCUUGUUUGAGAAAAAAGCAUGCACGUUGGACAGGUAAGAUGAAGGCUGAAAUAGAAGAAAUUAUAGCAGGACUUAAGAGAGCAGAAAUGAAACGAACUGAAUUACUUGAAGAGACCAGUUUGAGAGAAAAGGAGAUCCAAGAAUUUGUGGCAGAGAUUGAAAAACUUACAACAGAAUUAAAAGAAGAUGAGCAGAAAUUUGUUAUCAAAGAAAAAAAGCUACUACAAGAGUUAACCAAGUAUGAGGACAUAUAUAUUAAGGAAAUACAAAUUAACAAAGAAAAGGAAGAAGAACUAGUUGAGUGUCUUCCACAACUUUAUGAGGCAGAAGAGAUGUGUAGAGACAGAAAGAGAAAGUUGAAAGAGCUCUAUAAUAUUGUUACAGCACAAAAACAGGAGGAGAUUUUACUGAAAACUCAUAUUUUUCACUUUACGAGAGACUUUUCCAGAUGCUCUAAUGACAUGGAGAGAGUGAAGCAAGAAUUAAAACAAAUACGAGACCAGGAAAGCAAAAAAAUCAAAGCUCAUUUUGAAAUUCUAAAGAACCUAGAAAAUGAAAUCUAUGUACAUGACCAAAAAGUAGAAUUUUUGCUUCUGGAAAAUAAAAGAUUAGAAAAAUAUAUUUCAUACAUGAAGGACAACACAGAGAACUACAUAACAAUAAAACAAAACCUCAAGCGCUCUUCAGGUGACCUGUCGUGGCAGCUGAUAGCUGAGCACACACACUAUACGGACUUGUGGGCUGAAUUUAAGGCCAUAAUUAAGGACUUGACGGGCAAUGGUGAAGAGGUCUUACAAGACAUAAAACAUCUAAUGAAGAAGCUGUACGAAAGGGAUAAAAAAAUCGAGAGUAUCAGUACUUGGCUAGAAGGGAAUCUUAACGAGUUGCAUACUCUCAUGAAACAGGAGUCACCAACGGACCUUCUUCAAAAGAAGAAACAUAUUCGUACUAAAACAGUCCUUUUCGCAGCAGCUGCGUGUACUGGGAAAAAAAGAUUAACAAAGAAUAAGUAACAAAAUAACUCAAGGAUACAACUGCUGUGAAUUCAAAAGGCAUAAACAAAACUACAGGAAAAGAACAAUAAUCUGAACAAGUCUUCAACCAAACUAUCUAUAAAGAGAAAACCUGCUAUAUAAAUUAUGCUUUAUUUUUGUAAUAUAUCAAAAUACUGUAUUGG